AUGGGCCUCCAAAACACCCUGCCCUUUGGGGUUCUUAUAUGGAUCGUAGCUACUGGAUAUGGUUCCUCUGCACAAAAUGAUUUUCCAAGUCCAGCAUUCAGGCCUAGCACUCCAGCUGUUCUGCUCCCAGUUACGGUACAACCCAUUUUAAUCUCUAGCAAUCCCAUGCAUAACAAUCGUGUUUGUAGUACAUGGGGAAAAUACCACAUCAAGAUGUUUGAUGGAGAGGUCUACCAGUUUCCUGGAACCUGCAACUAUGUGCUGACUUCCCAGUGUGGGAGUGCCUAUGAGGAUUUCAACAUUCAAAUGCGGAGAACCAUUGUGAAUAACCAACCUUGGAUAAGCCAUGUAACCAUGAAGCUGGAUGGGACAGUUGUAGAAUUAAGCAACGGCACCAUUUCUGUAAACAGCAAACCGAUUUCACCGCCCUAUAGUCAGUUGGGAGUCCAAAUUGAAGAGAGCAGUUUGUACAUCAAAGUCACGGCUAAAUCAGGUGUUAUGGUCAUGUGGAAUGGAGAAGAUGCACUGAUGGUGGAAAUGCCAGAAAAGUAUAUGAAUGAGACAUGUGGACUUUGUGGUGAUUUCAAUGGCAUUGAAAACAAUGAUGGCUUUUAUGUAAACGGCUUAAAAAUGAGUCCAACUGAUUUUGGUAACUUUCAGAAGAUGGAUGGGCCAAAAGAAACAUGUGAAGACGUUGUUCCUCCACCAGUUAGUAAUAAGACUCAGAAUAUGCAACUCCUCUGUGAGCAGAUUCUCUCGAGCCCAGUUUUUGCUGGAUGCAAUGCCCUGGUGUCCAUUGACCCUUUUGUCCAGGCCUGUGCAAAGGAUAUGGUUGACUGUGUCAAAGACAAGAAUUCUUCCUGUUUGUGCUACACUGUUUCUGAAUACACAAGGCAGUGCACACAUGCUGGUGGGCAGCCACAGAACUGGAGAACAGCAGAAUUCUGUCCUAAGAAAUGUCCCAAAAACUUGGUUUACAGUGAAUGUGGCAGUCCCUGUAUCAAUACUUGUUCCCAUCCUGUACAAAACCAGCUUUGUGCUCAGCAUUGCACUGAUGGCUGCUUCUGCCCUCCAGGAACGGUCUUUGAUAACAUCUCCAAAAAAGGUUGCAUUCCUGUAACAAAGUGUUCCUGUACCCACAAUGACAAAGUAUACUUGCCUGGUGAAUCGUAUUCCAGAAAUUGCCACCGCUGCACCUGUGCUAGAGGUCUAUGGAACUGUGAAGAUCUGGAGUGUCCUGGGACAUGCGCCAUAGAGGGAGGCUCUCACAUCACUUCUUUUGAUGGGACACAGUUCACCUUCCAUGGAGACUGCACCUACCUACUAUCUAGGGACUGUGUAGGAAACAGCUUUGUGAUUCUAGCUGAGAUUGUGAAGUGUGGAGUAGCAGACACAGAGACUUGUCUAAAAUCCGUGACUCUCUCCAUGACCAGAAUGAACCAGGUUUUUCUGAUUAAUCCAAACGGAGAGGUGUAUAUGAACGGAAUAUUCUCCCAGCUGCCGCUCAACACAGCAAACUUCACCGUAUUCAUGCCAUCAACCUUCCACAUGAUCAUUGAUACAUCCUUUGGUGUGCAGCUUCAGAUCCAGUUAAUUCCACUGAUGCAGGUCUACGUUACUUUGGAUGCAUCUUUCAAGAGUCAGACCUGUGGGAUUUGUGGUAAUUUUAAUAACGUCCAGGCUGAUGAUUUCAACACUAAUAGUGGUGUAGUGGAAGGAACUGCGUCAGCUUUUGCCAACACUUGGAAGACCAUGGCAACCUGCUCAGAUGUGGUAGACAACUAUGAGGAUCCCUGCAGUCAAAGUGUUGAAAAUGAAAAGUUUGCAAAACGCUGGUGCUCCUUGCUGUCAGAUCCCUCUGGACCAUUUGCUGCCUGCCAUAAUGUGGUUGUUUCAUCAACCUUUGAAAAAACCUGCAUGCAUGAUGUUUGCACCUAUGAACAAAGCGAAGACUUAAUGUGUGCUGCUGUUUCCUCAUACGUGAGAGCAUGUGCUGUCAAGGGAGUGCUCCUGAAUGGAUGGAGGUCAAAUAUCUGCAUGAACUAUUCCACAUCAUGCCCAGAGACAAUGACCUAUAGCUAUAGCAUGACAAGCUGUGGCCGUACCUGUCGGUCCCUCAGUGAACCAGACCCCACCUGUAAUGUACAAUUUGUACCUGUGGAUGGCUGUGGAUGCAAGGAGGGGAGCUACAUGGAUGAUUCUGGCAAGUGUGUCCCCAAAUCUAAUUGCCCAUGUUAUAGCAAAGGCGUCCUUGUGAAGGCUGGAGAAGUCAUCACUAAGAAUGGAGUCAUGUGCACUUGCAGCCAAGGAAAACUGAGGUGCAUGGAAUCAAAUAAGCCAAGUAUUGUCUGUAAGAAACCAAUGCAAUACCUAAACUGUUCCAAUGCCUACCCUGGAUCUCCUGGAUCUGAGUGCCAAAAGAGCUGCCAGACACUACACAUGGAAUGUUACAGCAAGGCAUGUGUCUCAGGAUGUGUAUGCCCUGAUGGCUUGGUGUCCAACGGUCAAGGGUGUAUUCCUGCCUCCCAGUGUCCUUGUACCCAUUCUGGAAAAACAUAUCAGCCUGGACAGAAGAUACAAGUGGACUGCAAUACUUGUACCUGUAAUGAGCGGAAAUGGAACUGCACAAAUCAGCAGUGUUAUGGCUCCUGUGUCAUCCGGGGAGAAGGGCACUACCUGACUUUUGAUGGGAAACGAUUCAGCUUUAACGGCAAUUGUGAAUACACCAUUGUUCAGGAUUACUGUGGGAUCAAUCCAGACAAGGGUACUUUCCGUGUGAUUACAGAGAAUAUCCCAUGUGGCAGCACUGGUACCACCUGCUCCAAGGCCAUCAAGCUCUUCUUGGGGGUACAUGAAAUUAGACUGUCAGAUGGUCAGUAUGAAGUCAUCAAGCGGGACAUCAGUAUUGACCUCCCCUAUAAGAUCAGUCACAUGGGGAUGUAUCUGGUAAUGGAAAUUAAGCCUGGCCUGAUCCUUAUGUGGGACAAGAAGACCAGUGUGCACAUCAAGCUUAGUCCUUUAUUUAAGGGUAAUGUGUGUGGCCUGUGUGGCAACUUUGAUGGGAAUGCAAACAACGACUUUACCACCAGUAGCCAGUCGGUAGUGGUAAAGGCUCUGGAAUUUGGAAACAGCUGGAAGGUGUCCCCAAGCUGUCCAGAUGCUAAAGUUCCUAAAGAUCCCUGCCUCUCCAACCCAUAUCGACAGUCUUGGGCUCAGAAACAGUGCAGCAUCAUCAAAAGCAAAGUGUUUGCUGCUUGCCACAGACAGGUAGACCCAACUCCUUACUAUGAUGCUUGUGUUUAUGACUCUUGUGCCUGUGACUCUGGCGGUGACUGCGAGUGCUUCUGCACAUCUGUGGCUGCUUAUGCUGCUGCCUGUAAUGAAGCCAAUGUGUGUAUCUCCUGGAGAAGACCUGACAUUUGCCCACUUUUCUGUGAUUACUACAAUGGUCCUGAUCAGUGUGAGUGGCACCACAAACCCUGUGGAGGCCCCUGCAUGAGAACUUGCCGAAACCCCAAUGGGACAUGCUCCACACAGAUCCCAAGACUUGAAGGCUGCUAUCCAAAGUGCCCAUUGAAGAAACCUUUUUUUAACGAAGACACCAUGCAGUGUGUAGCAAGGAAAGAUUGUGGCUGGUAUGAUCAAAAAGAUCAUCACUACCGUAUUGGAGAAAGUGUACCGUCCACUGAGAACUGUCAAUCCUGUUACUGCUCAGCAAAAGGAGUGAUUUGCAUGCGGGAUGACAAUGCCUGCACAUGCAUCUACAAUAUGAAGCGGUAUCCACUGGGAGCUCUACUUUACAACACUACAGAUGGCAUUGGAGGAUGCAUCUCUGCGACCUGUGGAGCAAAUAGCACGAUUAUAAGAGAAGUACACUCUUGCACCACCACCACCGUAUCUCCUGCUACCACUUUUGUGUUCAGCACAACUUCUCCGUCUCCCACAACUGAAACACUUUUGACUCCCUCAAGUGGAUUACCGUUGUCAACUAAAAGUCAGCCCACAACAAUUUGUGAAGAAGAAAUCUGUGAAUGGUCAAUUUGGUAUGAUAUUGACAAACCAGACCUUGGGGAUCAAGAGGGAGAUUUUGAAACUUUUGAAAAUAUUAAGAAGAAAGGUUACACAGUUUGUCAGACACCUACAUCAGUUGAAUGCCGUGCCCAUCGUUAUCCGGAUACGCCACUCAGUAAAAUACAACAGGUGGUGCAAUGUAACACAUCAUUUGGAUUAAUCUGCAGAAAUAUAGACCAGUUUCCACCUGUAUGCUACAAUUACGAGAUUCGAAUUCUUUGCUGUCAUGAGGUCCCAUGUGGAUUUACCAAAAGCACUCAAAAUGGAAGGACAUCUUUACCUCCCAACACAAGCGAACAAACCAAAGGUACUCCAAAACAUACUAGUGAGAAGACAACUCCAUAUAAAUCCAGUGGCUAUACUUCUUCUGGAAUAAUCAGUGGGUAUACAACCCAUACACAGACAAGUGAACAAACAGAACCUGAGAAGACAAGUAAGCAAACAACUUCAAAACCAAGCACUAAACAUAUAACUUCAGAAAAGACAAGUGCACAAGAUCAUUCAACUACUGGACAAACCAGUGGUCAUGUAACUUCUGGACAUACAACUGCCAGACAAACAAGUAAAUACACAACACUACAUCAGUCAACGAAAAGUACAAGAAGUGAAAAUACACCUGAGAGUACAACUACCAGAAGAAUGAGUGAGCACACAACUCUAGGGGAAGCCACUAAGAGUGCAACUACCAGAGGAAUGAGUGAGCACACAACACGGGGAGAGAACAGUGAGAGUACCAGUUCUAGAGGUAUGAGUGAGCGCACAACUCGAAGAGAGAGCAGUGAGACUACAACUACCAGAGGCAAAAGUGAGCACACUACUCAAAGAGAAAGUAGUGAGGGUACAACUACUGGAGGGAUGAGUGAAUACACAACUCAUGGAAAGGCCACUGAGACUAUAACUACCAGAGGAAUGAGUGAGCACACAACUCUAGGGGAAGCCACUAAGAGUGCAACUACCAGAGGAAUGAGUGAGCACACAACACGGGGAGAGAACAGUGAGAGUACCAGUUCUAGAGGUGUGAGUGAGCACACAACUCGAAGAGAGAGCAGUGAGACUACAACUACCAGAGGCAAAAGUGAGCACACUACUCAAGGAGAAAGUAGUGAGGGUACAACUACUGGAGGGAUGAGUGAACACACAACUCAUGGAAAGGCCACUGAGAGUACAACUACCAGAAGAAUGAGUGAGCACACAACUCUAGGGAAAGCCACUAAAAGUGCAACUACCAGAGGAAUGAGUGAGCACACAACACGGGGAGAGAACAGUGAGAGUACCAGUUCUAGAGGUGUGAGUGAGCGCACAACUCAAAGAGAGAGCAGUGAGACUACAACUACCAGAGGCAAAAGUGAGCACACUACUCAAGGAGAAAGUAGUGAGGGUACAACUACUGGAGGGAUGAGUGAACACACAACUCAUGGAAAGGCCACUGAGAGUACAACUACCAGAGGAAUGAGUGAGCACACAACUCUAGGGAAGCCACUAAGAGUGCAACUACCAGAGGAAUGA